AUGCUCUGUGAACUAAGUAGAUCAAAUUCACAGAUUCAACAGCUGCUGGCAUACGAAAAUGCUUUUGUUCAUCUCUUGGAUAUCAUCGAUACAGAGCCACUGGAUAGUAUUAUCAUUGAAGACUGUUUAUUUGUUAUAUUGAACCUGCUCAGAAAGAAUGCGAUGAAUCAACAAUUGUUUAGGGAGAAUAACUUGAUCGCUCGUUUGGGAGUGAUGCUUAAUACGUUCCUAUAUGGUUCAGAAGAAGAUGAAACCGAUAGCUUAGAGUGGGUAAAACAACGAACCGCGAACAUAAUAUUCCUUCUACAAGUUAUAAGAAGUUUGGUGAGUCCCGACAAUGCAGUAAGCAACACUCAUGCUGCUCAAAAAGCUCUCCAUCAAACAAAAAUGCUUGCUGAAUUGUGCCGAGUUUUGCUUUCCGAGAUGGGGUUACCAAUAGAAGUGCUUACUGAGACGGUGAUCGCAGUGGCGGAAGCUAUACGAGGGAAUUACACAAAUCAGGAAUACUUCGCUAACACCACCCUUAUCACCAAUGAGAACCUCAGCAGAACUUCACUUGUCGUAUUGCUGAUAUCCAUGACAGCUGAGAAACAGCCCUUCAAAAUGCGUUGUGCUGUUUUUUAUUGCUUUCUUUCGUAUCUUCACGACAACGAGUUUGGAAAAACGAAGGUGAUCGAAACUUUGCUGCCUACCAGUCAACCGGAUACUGCGCUGUCAACGGGCUCUUUGAUUUGCCAGGCCAUCACUUCGAGUGAGUCAGUGCAGUGCUGGUUCGGUUGCGUAUCACUUCUUUACUGCUUACUUGACGUUGAACACCUGAGAGAGCAGCUUUUACGAGUGCAGGUGUCUACAACCAUUGACCAACCACCAGUACUGCUAAUUAAACACGUUUCAAGUCUUUUGGUAAGCAUGGGUAACCGCAGGGUUCAAAUGCGUGCGGUGUGUUGA